GUUAGAAGAGAGUAGUGUCCUUUCUGCCCUGCCCUGAGACUGUCCAUCCAAUCAUAUCCCAAUAUGCAAAUGACCCUUCCUGCAUGCAGAUAAAAAGGAGCAAGUGCUCUAUCAGAACCAAAUUGCUGAGCCUGUCACCUGUGUUCCAGGAGCCAAACCAGCAAUGUCUUCCCCUGCACAGCCUCAAGUUCCUGCCCCGCUGGCCAACUUGAAGAUUCAAUAUACCAAGAUCUUCAUAAAUAAUGAAUGGCAUGACUCAGUGAGUGGCAAGAAAUUUCCUGUCCUUAACCCAGCAACUGAGGAGGUCAUCUGCCACGUGGAAGAAGGGGACAAGGCAGAUGUCGACAAGGCCGUGAAGGCUGCAAGAGAGGCUUUUCAGAUUGGCUCCCCAUGGCGCACCAUGGACGCUUCAGAGAGGGGCCGCUUGCUGAACAAGCUGGCUGACUUAGUGGAAAGAGAUCGCCUGCUGCUGGCUACAAUGGAGUCAGUGAAUGCUGGGAAAGUCUUUCCCCAUGCAUACAUGAUGGAUUUAGAUAUCAGCAUAAAAACACUAAAGUACUGUGCAGGCUGGGCUGACAAGAUCCAUGGCCAAACAAUACCAAGUGAUGGAGAUAUUUUCACUUAUACAAGACGUGAACCUAUUGGGGUGUGUGGCCAAAUCAUCCCUUGGAAUGGUCCAUUGGUUACGUUCACUUGGAAGAUAGGCCCUGCCCUUUGCUGUGGGAACACCGUGAUUGUCAAGCCUGCAGAGCAGACUCCUCUCACUGCUCUUCACAUGGCAUCUUUAAUAAAAGAGGCAGGAUUUCCUCCUGGUGUGGUGAAUGUUGUGCCUGGUUAUGGGCCAACCGCAGGGGCAGCCAUCUCCUCACACAUGGACAUUGACAAAGUAUCCUUCACGGGAUCAAUAGAGGUUGGCAAAUUAAUCAAAGAAGCUGCAGGGAAAAGCAAUCUGAAGAGGGUCACCCUGGAGCUUGGGGGAAAGAGCCCUUGCAUUGUGUUUGCAGAUGCUGACUUGGACAAUGCUGUUGAGUUUGCACACCAAGGAGUGUUCUUCCACCAGGGUCAGAUUUGUGUAGCAGCAUCCAGGCUUUUCGUUGAGGAGUCAAUUUAUGACGAGUUUGUGAAACGGAGUGUUGAGCGGGCUAAGAAAUAUGUUCUUGGAAAUCCUCUGAACUCAGGAAUAAAUCAAGGUCCUCAGAUUGACAAGGAACAACAUGAUAAAAUACUUGAUCUCAUUGAGAGUGGGAAGAAAGAAGGAGCCAAACUGGAGUGCGGUGGUGGACGCUGGGGGAACAAAGGCUUCUUCAUCCAGCCCACAGUCUUCUCCAAUGUUACUGAUGAGAUGCGCAUUGCCAAAGAGGAGAUAUUUGGACCAGUGCAACAAAUCAUGAAGUUUAAAUCUAUAGAUGAUGUGAUCAAGAGAGCAAACAAUACUACCUAUGGCCUGGCAGCAGGAGUCUUCACGAAAGACCUGGAUAAGGCCAUAACUGUGUCUUCUGCUCUGCAGGCUGGGAUAGUGUGGGUGAACUGCUAUUUGGCUAUUAGCAUCCAGUGCCCCUUUGGUGGAUUCAAGAUGUCUGGAAAUGGGCGAGAACUGGGUGAGCAUGGUAUUUAUGAAUACACUGAGCUCAAAACAGUCGCAAUAAAAGUAUCCCAGAAGAACUCAUAAAGAAAACAGUAGAGUGAAGACAACCCCUUCGGCAAUGGCUGCACACCUCCUAUAGUCAUCAGUAUAGUGUUUUCCUAUAACUCUUUCUUCUAUUGAUUUCUUUUUUUUUUUUUUUUCAUUUUUU